UUCACCAGACACAUUGAGACCACGGCAAGGAGGUCUGAGCCAGACUGCAUAGAAUGAAGCUUAUCACCGUGGCCCUGGUGUGCCUGCUGCUGGCUGGAAUGUGGCUGCAUGAUGUGGAUGGCAGGAGCAUGCACGUGUCGUCCUCCAACUGUUGCUUCAACUUUUCAGAGAAGAGGAUCGCCCCGCAGAGAAUCCGGUGUUACAAACACACCAGCUCCACCUGCUCCCGUAGGGGUCUAAUACUCAAGAUGAAGAAAGGUAGAGAGACAUGCGUCUUACAGACAGCCCAAUGGAUUAAGGAUUAUUUUAAGACUAUGAAACCAUGCCUGCUGAUGUGAAUGCAAGAGGAUUUCUUUCCACCCUGGACUCUGAAGAUGGUGUGGCUUCACCUUCCC